AUGUCCUUAAUAAAAUUAACUGGUUUACGUUCAUUUCAACCUAUAUUUAUUCGUACGACUAAAACAAUUGCUACAACUGAUACAAAAAAGUCGACACAACCUAACAAUGGUAAUGAUGACGCAACAUUUUUGAAUGAUAUACCAAUAGAAACUGAAGUUCCAGAAGAUCUAGCAACAUCAACAGGUCGUGAACGAUCAUUAAAUCGUAUACAAUUAAUAGGUCGAGUUGGUGCAGAUCCUAAAGUUGGUGGAACAGAAAAACAUAAAGUAGUUACAUUUAAUAUAGCAACAAAUGAAUAUGCAGGAACAAAUACGACAAGUGGAGAAAUAAAACAACGUGUUGAUUGGCAUCGAAUUGCUGUAUUUCAACCACGUUUAUUAGAUAAUGCUGAAAAAUAUGUUCGUCAAGGUGAUAGAUUAUAUGUUCAAGGUCGUCUUCAUCAUAAUUUAAUUAAAGAUAAACAAACAGGUCAAGAUCGUUAUGUAUCAAAGGAAACAACUGAUAUACGAAUAUCUCAAACAGCACGAAAUAUACCCGUAGGUCGAAUUGAUAGUCCAUAUAGAAUUAAUAUUGAAGACGAUCGAUCAACACUUAAAGAUGGUGUUUAUAUUCGUCUUGAUACAAAAAUUCGUUGUCAAUUACGUGCUUUUUGGUUUGUAAAUAUUCAAAAAUUUUAUUCCGAAUUAGAUUCAAUCGAGUUUCGAUUAUCUCUAUAUGAAAAUCGAUUUUUAAAAAAUCAUUCUGCACAUCAAGAAAUAUUUAAUUUUCAAACUGCAGGUGAUUAUAUUCAACAUAUCAAAUUUCCAGAUGCUGAGAAUUACUUAACACAGAAUAAUGACACACGUCGAGAAUAUCCUUUAGUCAUUAUUGUUCAUAGCUUUAUUGAUGAAGAUUCAGAAGAAUUUUUUCAAUUGCCAAUACAAGUAGCUACUUUACAUGUAAAAUCAUCGAUCCCAACGGAUCCUCCGACGAAAUUUAUAAUGCGAAUAUCGAAAUUAGCUAAUGGACAAUCACUUGUCUUACAUGAUAUAUAUACACCAGGUGCUUUUGUCUCAAAUGAUGUAUGCGCUGUUUGUCUAACUGAACGCGUUAAUCAUGUUUUAUUACCAUGUAAACAUGCCUGUAUAUGUCAAAAUUGUUUUUCUCUUAUUGAUAAAUGUCCUAUUUGUCAAAGACUUGUAAUAUCUUAUUUUCAAAUAUAA